AUGAAUGCCCGGAUGAUGCGGCCCCGGAGUCGGCGAGGGAGACACCCUCCACCUGUAGAGUUGGACCCAGUGGUUGAGAGUUCAGAAGAGGUAGAAGUGGCAGCUGGGAACCCAGAGGCAGGCCCUGCACCACCUCAGGAGAGCUAUGACAAGUCGGGCCUGCCCUGGCCAUCGAUGGAGGCUGCUGGUCAGGACACGGGGAACAGGGCAGACAAGGAACUUGAUGAAGACAACAGUAUGAGACAGUCUCCACCCCUUAAGGGUUCCCAAAGGCCUUCAGAGGAAGUCCAUCAGGCUCCCGAAGAAGCCCCAGAGAAUGGAGAGACCGUCCCCCCAAGACCUGAGCCCCCUGAUGUGUUCCAGAUGCUCCAGCACACUCUGAGCUCCCUGGAAGCAGCGGUUGCUGCCUGGCGCCAGCCACCCCCCAGCUGCUCUGAGCCAGGAGAGGCAGAGAGCAGAGGCGAGGGGGCAGCAGGGGCCCUUGAUGGGCAAGAGGGGACAGGGUCCUGCCAGCGGGAGGCAGCCCGCCUGACCGAGAGGAACGCCUGGCUGCAGCUGGCCCUGGGCAGCCGUGAGGAUGAGCUGGCCCGCAUGCAGGCCUCUCUCCAGGCUGUCCGGGCAGAGAAAGAGAUGCUACAGAGAGAGGUCCAGGAGCUGCAGGAUUCACUGCUGAGACUCCAGCCCUGCCCACCUCCCUCCCACAGCCAAACAGGCAGCUCAGGCAGUGGUUCCAGCAGUCCUGGAGCAGAAGGGGAGACAUGGGGGACUCAGAAUCCCUUUCCCCUGGCUCAUCCCCUACUCCGGCACCUCAGGAGUGAUUCCAGCACCCAGAUCCUUGGACCUCUCCCUAUUCAGCCCCUGGUUCCUGAGAUGCACCUCAUGGAAGCCCAGACUGUGCAGCUCCAGAGAAACAUCGAGAAACUCAAAUGUUUCAACCGUCUGCUGUCGGCCGUGCUCCAGGGAUACAAGGGCCAGUGUGAAGGUCUCACUAUGCAGCUGAGCCGGCGAGAGGCCGAGGCCACAGCCCUGCAUCUGGCCUUGCAGUACAGUGAGCAUUGUGAGGAGGCGUAUGGGGCCCUGCUUGCUCUGCGGAAGGCCGCGCUGGGAACAGAGGACGGAACCUCCAUGGGUGACCUGUGGGCAGCUGAGAAGGAAGCAUGGAGAGUGUUGGCACAAGAGGAAGCUGCCAUACAGGGAGGAAAACCACGAGAGAACCUGCCAAGCCCUGAGGGCAGCAGUGUGGACAAGCCCACACUACAGGAGGUGGCUUCCCAGCUCCAAGGCCUCAUCCAGUGUCUGCAGGACCACCGCGCUUUGGUGAAGAUUCCCCCGGAGCCCGGUCCCACUCUGGCACCCAUACCCAAUGUGCCACGGACAGAAGCCAUGCUGCAGGCCAUGCUGGAGACCCAGCCUGGCCCAGCCCUGCUCCGGCUGGAGAAGACACAGAUCCAGGAGGAGCUAGUGGCCACACGGGAGACCCUGGCAGACUUGGCACUAAGGUUACAGCUGGCGCGCAGGGAGAAGCGGGGCCUGGAGCUUCGGGAGGCCGCCCUUCGAGCCCUGGGCCCGGCCCACGCGCUGCUCCUGGAGCAGCUGCAGUGGGAGAGGUCUCAGCUUGAUGGGGAGGAGGGCAGCGAUGCAGACAGCAGCAGGGGCGGAAGCAGCGGGGAUGAGGAGGAAUGGCCGCAGGGCCCUCCUGCUGGCCCUGAUGGCACUUGUGGUGUUGAUGGAGGUCAAGUGGACAAAGUGAGGGACCCAGAGGAGCUAGCCCGGGAGCUGGAGUUGUCACUAACCCGGUCCCUGGACCUUCGAGGGCAGCUGCAGAGUGUUCGAGAAGAGCUGGAACAGGUGGCUCAGAGGGCUCGAAUCAGACGCACUCAGAGUGCCAAGCUGAACAGCGAUUUAUGCAAAGCUCACAGCUCCCUGGUCCUGGCAUUCCGAGGAUCUCACCGGAAGCAGGAGGAGCAGCAGAGGAAGUUGGAACAGCAGGUGGCUCUAAUGGAGGCCCGACAGGCAGAAGAGCUGGCCCUGUUGGAAGCCACUGCGAGGGCCUUGGAGAGGCGGCAGCUGCCACCCCAACCAGGGGAGACCCUUCUGUAG